CUUUUCUCGCUGCGGGUCCGUUCCGGCACCGAUCUCGUUUCCGUUGCCCCCAGUCUGCCCUCCCCCAAGGCCAUCUGCUGCGUCCCCUGCUCUGGCCGCCGCUCUCUGCACCCCGGGCUGUCGCUUUCUGCAACGAAUCGCACCCGAUCUGACCUGCUGUCCUCGGCGUUGUCUGGCCUGAACCACCGUCGACACUAUGACCAACGCCGCCUCCUUGGAUGUCACUGACAUCCUCAUCCUCUCGGUGGUCGCCGUUGCCACCAUCGGCUUCCUUGUCUGGCGCUCCGGCUCGCUCAAGAAGGCUCCGGCCACAUCUACUUCUGGCACCAAGACCACUGCUAGCUCCAGCGGCAAGAUCGAUUUUACCGCAGGCAGUGGUGGCAAGCAAUCCUUCCUCGACAAGCUGAAUGCCGAGGAGAACCCUCACCAGCUCAUCCUCUUCUAUGGAUCCCAGACCGGCACCGCAGAGGAUCUCGCCAACCGUCUUGCCAAUGAGGUCCAGGCCAAGUUCGGCAUCGGCACCCUCAUCUGCGAUCUCGAGGAGUAUGACAUGACCGAACUGCUCCAGUGGCCUUCCCGCGAAGACCAGCGGGCCCAGGGCAAGACCUGGCUCUGCGGCUUCUUCCUUGCUACCUAUGGCGAGGGUGAGCCCACCGAUAACGCUGCUGACUUUUACGAAUGGCUCAUGGAUGGCCGUGGCAAGGGUGACGACGAGGGCGUGGACGAGCCCGACGACAACUCGGAGCAACAGGCUGCCCAGAUGAUCGACUACAUCGUCUUUGGCCUCGGCAACACUACAUAUGAGUACUAUAAUGCCACUGCCCGCCGCGUCGACAAGAAACUGCAGAUGUGGGGCGCCAAGCGCCUUGGUGAGCGCGGUGAAGGCGACGACGAUAACUCGCUCGAAGAUGACUUCCUCAAGUGGAAGCCUGCUGUUCUCGAGAGCAUUGCUGCCCUCUUCAACGUCACCGAAGGCUCCUCCAAGCAGGCUCGCGAGGCCCCGCAUGUUCCUCUCUUCAAUGUGUCGCUGCUCCCGGUUUCCCAGUUUGAUGCUGCCCAGCUGUAUCUUGGCGAGCAUUCCGCCGCCACUCCUCGCCGAUGGCUGGCAAAGUCUGAAUCGACCUUUGCCGAAGUCAACCCUCGCAAGACCUUCGAUAUGAAGCAUCCCUACUACAGCCCGCUGACGGUCAGCAAGCCUCUGUACUCCGAAUCGAGCGACACCUUCUCGUUUGCACCGACUGCCCAGCCGCCUCCCACGCAAGAUCCUAACUACCGCAUCUCCAGUGCCGGCUCUGGUAUCCAAGUCUCUGUUGACCGCCAGUGCUACCACCUCGAGCUCGACACCACCGGAAGCAACGUCAAGUACGAGACUGGUGACCACGUCGGUGUCUUGGCCGAGAAUCGCGACCAAGAUAUCAAUGAGCUAGUGCAAGUCCUUGGUCUCUCUGGCGUCAACCUGCGCGAGUCGGUAGUCAAGCUGGAUGCCAACCUCGAGCAUCCCUCCGGAAAGAACGCCAAGCGCCCCUUCCCACUCCCUGCGACCCUGUACACUGUUCUCAAAUACUAUCUCGACCUCAAGCAGCCUCUGAAGCAGCACCACUUUGAGAUCCUCGGAAAGUAUGCUGCUGACGAAGCCGAGCGGGCCCUGCUCUACCAGCUGGUUGACGACCGCGAGUUCUUCCUGAGAACUGUGGACAAAGGCCAGAAGACCCUCACCGACAUCAUUCGCGAGUUCCCGAGCGUCGCCAAGAUUCCACUUGCCGUCGUCUUGACGGAGAUCUUGCCCCGCAUUGCUAUCCGGUACUACUCCAUCUCGUCGUCAUCCAAGCAAGAGCCCAACAAGAUUGGCAUCACCGCCGUUGUUGUGCGCUAUGCGCUGGAGUCGCCCUUGGCCAAGAACGAGUCCAAGUCUGCGGUCUAUCUCAAGGAGGGCCUCGCCACGUCGUGGCUCGAGCGCUGCCACAAGAAGCGCCUCGAGGUAGAAAGCGCCGUCGUUGUUGACAGCGACGCCAGGAACAUCCUGCCUCAUCUGCACUUGCCCAUGUACAUCCGCACCUCGACCUUCAAGCUCCCGCGCAACCCCUCAGUGCCGGUGAUCAUGGUUGGUCCCGGCACCGGUCUGGCUCCUUUCCGCGGUUUUGUCCACGACCGCUUCUUUGAGGCCCGGCGUGGCAAGGCAGUCGGUCGCACGCUCCUGUUUUAUGGAUGCCGAAGCCCCGAUAUUGAUUUCCUGUACCGCCCUGAGUUUGAGGCUCUCCAAACGGAGCUGAAGUCGUGGAGCGCCGAAGGCUAUGCCGGUCCCGAAAAGCCCUUCGACUUUGAGCUUGUCACUGCCUUCUCGCGGGUCCCUGAUCAGAAGAAGGUGUAUGUCCAGCAUCGUUUGGCGGAGUACAAGGCCGAGAUCUGGGAGAUCCUCGAAAAGAAGAAGGGCUUCCUGUUCAUUUGCGGUGAUGGCAAGUACAUGGCCAAGGAUGUCCACAAGGCCGUCAUUUCGGUCGGUGUUGAGAUUGGCGGCUUUGACGAGGAGCGCGCCCACACCUGGGUCAAGAACCUCAAGGCCCAGGGCCGUUACCUGGAAGAUGUCUGGUGAUUCGGAUAGUGCUCCAACCCACCUUGGCGGUUGGAGGGCUCGCAUUUAGAUGACGACAACUUCAUGUUCUGGCCCUCCUCACGGACUUGCUGCUCCGUGCCCAUCCAUUGCACUCUUGCAUCUAUUCCUUCGGAUAUCAUUGCGGCGCAUGCCUCAAAUGAAACGCUAUCUUCUAUCCCAUUGACCUUAGAGCUGUUGAGUAAUUCAGUAGCGAUAAACGGAAUCGAGUCAGAUUUGUCCCUUGCACUGGAACG